AUGGCCACCGAAGGGCAGGUCCUUGGCGUCCGGCUGCAGCCAGGGCCCAAGGGCAGUCGAGGGGGAGCAGAGGCGGUCCCGAUGGAACGGCCUGGCCCCACAAUCUACCCACAGGUCUGGUCCGACCGUCCCCAAAACGCCCAGUUGCCUGGGGGAGGACGGGGCCCCAGAGGAGGGGGACACGCGGGUAUUGUUGCCGAGUGGCAGAACGUUUGUCUCCCAGGCCGGCUGGGCCUCCUCCGCUCCCCCGCGACUGCCCCUGGGGCGCAGGCCAAGCGGCCAAGGACCUCCGGCAGCCUCGGAGGAGCCUGCUCCCUCUUCUCCAGGCAGCUCCCGCCCGAAGUGGAUACAAAGGCCAGCGGUCCCCGGCCUCCCCUCCUGACCAGGAGGAGGAGGAGGAGAGGGAGCGCCGCCGGCUGGGAAGGUCUGGCGCUGGGCGGAGCCAAGGAGCAGCAGCAGAAGGAAGGAAGGAAGGCCCUCUCCGCCGCUGCGCCGGCCGUUGGCGCCGCCCAGUCCCAGAGGAUCUCGCCUCAGCAAUCCACCGCACGUCUCUCUUCCUUGGGGUCUCGGCCCAAAGGGCAGCCUGAGGGAGGCGCCCCCGCCACCGGGGCCAAGGCGGAGAGUCCUGCCGGGCGCCUGGAACCCUCGGCGGGGAAGCUUCGCGGCCUCACCCCCUCUCCUGCUGCCUCCCAGCAGCCAGAGGCCGAGGUUCCAGGCUGCUCUGCCUGCCAGGGCUCCAGGAGCCCGGCCCCGCUGGAGAAGGGAAGGAGGCGACUACCGCCGCCACCCUCCCCACUCGGCCUGGCUGGUUCUGGCGCUGAGAGCAGGAUGUAG